UUAUAAUUAUUCGCUUUUAUUAAUUAGUGGUAGUAGUAGGAGGAGGCCUAGUAGUGCCGGUUACUAUGCGUGGUUACUAUGGUUUACCUGGAGGUCACCAGCGGCCACAGUGCCCUGCGCGCUCAGUAAUCGGAUCAGACGCGCGGUCGCGCUGUUUACGGUCGUCCACUAAACUUUACACGCACGGUCUUAAGCGAGACACCAAUCCGUUGGAAUGAAACGAUCGGUUUUACAUCACUGGUUGAAACCGGCGCAUUAAGUUUCAUCAAUGGAAUAAGGAAACUUGCACAUCGGUGAGAGCUCGAAUGCCUCAACAUGCCGGACACAAGACUUAUAAAGCCCAAACCGGUUGCAGCGAAGCCUAAGCAUGUGAACAAGAAAGCCAGUACAGCUGAAACCACACCUGCAGUCAGAACCAGAGAUGUCGGUCAGCGCAAAAACAGGGCAUCAAGCUGCCCAGGAUGCACGCGUGACACCGAAUGCAAACCCGCGGCAACGGAGAGAAGCAAUAAAGCGAUAAAGGCGAAACCGGCCGAGACUUCAACGAGGUCAAAAUCUGCGAAAUAUGCACCGAAGGAGCAACUCGUGCCUAAAACAUAUUCGCAUGCGCUUUCUGAAAUCCACAGUCAAAAGGCAUUUACAGUCUUUGCACCAAACCCGAAGAAAAGACAGGAUAUUCAGCAAAAAGCAGAAGCAGAACUGGCAGCUCUGGAGGAUCUACGCUUGAGUCGGGCCAUGGGUUACAUUUCCAUAUCUCCUAGUACUGUGGGUGGGUGCUUAACUCUGGAGGAGGUCAGGGCAAAACAACAACAAGAAAUGCAAAUCAAGAGAAGACAAAAACAGGUUAAAAAUGUGUUUUAGAAAAUUCAUGGGCAAAAAAAUGAUGGUUAGAAUAUUGCCGACAACAGACGAACGUUAUAUUUCUAUCUGGCUUGCUUUUUAAUUUUAAAAGUGCAGCUAAUUUCCAUGGACUUCCUGAUGUGACCUUAUGUUCUAAAUCUAUAUUUAGUAAGUUUUUGUGAAAUGUGUGAUUCUUAGGCUUGUUCUAAAGUCUGGGUCGUGUGAUUAAAUGCGAUUUAAAUAUAGAUACUCCCCAUUAGAUAUAUACUGACAAACAAGUUGUACAUUAAAAUGAAAGAAUCAUUUUCAGAAUAUGAUGACUGUGUUGUUAUCUUCAGUGCACUCAAAUGUUUUGAAAACAGUGGAAAAUUCUUCUUAUUUCUUUUAAAUUGUCCAGUGACAAAUACACAUUAUGUUAUUACAAUUGCAGAGCAUGGUGUAGUAAUUCAGCUUAAUUUGGUCUAUUAUUUCAUGCAAACGGUCCUCCUGCUGAUCUGUUUUUCCUCUGUUUCUUAGCAACAAGGAUUUUUCUCUCUUUGUUUUGUCCUCUGUGUAUAUUCUGGGAGCUGUCUGCUUUGAAGGCUCCAAAAAUAUGAACCAGGGUCCUGUUGCUUGGCAAGAGGAGAGUGACAACAUAAUGAAAGGUAGAUGAUAGGUGAGGGCAAAUAAAUGAAUAAAAUAAAUGAUUAAAUAGGGCAUUGUGGAGCUAAACUCUUCCCAGGCAAAUUAAAGGAAUAGUUCAGAAAUGGAAAAAAAUGCUGAAAAUCUGCUCACCCUCAGGCAUCCUGAUGCAUUUUUUUUCAUCGGUACAAAUAUGGAGAAAUGUAAAAUUACAUUAUUUGCUCACCGGUUGAUCAAUGAAUAUGUGCCGUCAAAAUGAGUUUGAACAGCUGAUGAAUACAUCACAAUUAUACACGUGACUCCAGUUCAUCAGUUAAUGCCUUGUGAAGUGAAAAGCUGCAUGUUUGUAAUAAAUUCAUCAAUAAGGCGUUUAAUCCAUAAUUACACCUCCUCCGAUGAAAGAGGAUUCAUCGGUGAGCAAGUAAUGUAAUGCUGAAUUUCUCCAAAUUUAUAUCCACUGAAGAAACAAAACAAUCUACAUCCGCCUGAGGGUGAGAACAUUUUUGGUUGAACUAUUCCUUUAAUCUAGCGAGUCUUAGUCCGUUCAUCAGUCAUCGGUCGCCACACAAUACAGUUUUUCACCUGUUGUUUUUAGGUCACAUUUAAUAACUUGUGUUUGCACUGCACAUAAUUCAUAAACCUUGACUGUAUUGCUUUAAGGUUC